AGGAGUUGGUCUUUCUGUGGCGCAUGCGCGUUUGGAAACCAGGAAGUGUGACUGAGUUACACAGGGACCAUGGAGGGGAAUGGAGGAGAAAGGUGCCUCUCCAUGGAAGCCUUUGCCCAAGUGGCGGAAGGAGGUGUCUCCAGUCCACAGUUCACGGCACUCUGCUCUUGGCUGGUCUCAGAGCUCCGCCUCUUUUGCCCGCUGGAAGAGGAUGUGAAUCCAACUCAAGGCCCUGAGGAUGCAGAGACAUUCCAGAUUGAAGUGAGCGGUCUCCUGAACGAGCUCCACUGCCCUUAUCCCUCACUGACCAAAGGGGAUGUCACAGCCAGACUCGGCACUCCAGAGAAUUGCCUCCAGCUGCUGUAUUUCUUGAGCUCUGAGCUCCUUGCGGCCCGACUCCAGGCACGGAAAGCGGCCCUCUCACCUGAGCAAAAAGACAGAGCUGGCGAAACCAUGCGUGAACUCCACCACAUCUGCAAGGUCCUGGGAAUGGAGGAACCAGAUCCCACUUGCUCCAUCCAUCAGCUCAUGACUGACAUAGAGUCCAAGAUCUUGGAGGCACUUUCCACACUACCCGCUGAGCACCAGCAGAUGGCGCCACUCCUGAAGGUCCCGCUUUCCUCCGCAGAAUGGGAGACAUUGGCAAACAUCCACAAAGCCCUGCAAGCGGAGUACCAGAAGCGGAAGCAGAUGAUGGCCACCCGCCUCGAUGUCACUGUUGCGUCUUUCCAUUGGUCUGAGAGGGCCGAGAAGCAUCGAACAGCCAUGACGGCCGUCUUCAAGCCCUUGCGCCAGUCUCUGCUGGACAGCUCCCAGAUCACCCUUGCCCAAUUGCUGGCAGCUAGGGAGGACUUUUCGCGCAUCAUCAAGACCAGCAGCGGAGCCUCGCGAGACAAGACCAGUUGUGCAAUAAACAAGGUGCUGAUGAUUGGUGAUGUGCCGGACCGUGGUGGGCGCCCGGGCGAGAUCGAGCCCCCGAUGCCCAUUUGGGAAAAGCGGCGAGAGGGGGGAGGAGGAGGAGGAGGUCACCAGCGUUGGGGCAAACGGAGCAAGAAAAAGAAAAAAUGACAAGAAAACAAUAGCCUUUUCCAGCACAGUUUGGAGGCUUUGAUAAGUUACCUCUACAAAGGGGAGCAGCCGAUUCUGGGUUCCCCUCGGUUCUCAUUGAAUAGGAAUGCAGUUAUAUAGGCUUCCCCGAGGUGAUCCUGUGUCACCUCUCCUCACAGUGGAGGCAAUACCACUUUGAAAUCAGUUUGAUAUUGUUGUAGUCUCGCAACUAAGAGGGCAGCCCUGUGGCUUUGAUGGGCAUAAGUCUCCCCUUCUUUUAGCUUGCCUUUCAGCUGUCAGACCCAGACGUUUGUCUUACGAGCAGAAUAGUUUGGUACUAUAUGGAUUGUAUUUGUCAAAUUGCUUUCAAAACGAGGGAAGAUCCUAAAUGUAUUGUCGAAGGCUUUCAUGGCCGAAAUCACUGGGUUGUUGUAGGUUUUUUCGGACUAUAUGACCAUGUUCUAGAGGCAUUCUCUCCUGAUGUUUCGCCUGCAUCUAUGGCAAGCAUCCUCAGAGGUUGUGAGAACUCACAACCUCUGAGGAUGCUUGCCAUAGAUGCAGGCAAAACGUCAGGAGAGAAUGCCUCUAGAACAUGGCCAUAUAGCCCAAAAAAACCUACAACAACCCAAGAUCCUAAAUAUUUGUGUCUGUUUAAAAAUAAUAACAAGUUGCACUCAAAGGGACAGAAAGCCAUUGGAUGGAGUACAAUUAUUCCUGUUCAGAGUAAAAUUAAUACCACACAUGUACAAGCAUGUAGGAAGUUGUAAUCAAAGGUUUUGGACUUUUGCUUAAUGGGUUUCAAUGUUGGGUAGACUUUUCUUUUUCAAGUUGGUGGAGGCAGUAUUUAAUAAAAGAAUUCAGAUUGUCUUAUGUUUCAUAGGA